AUGCGCGGUGCUGUUUACGUUUGGAGGCGGUUCAUGUACCGUACAGUGAAAAGGAGCGGAGGGCUAUCACGGCUGCUACCUAUAUUUCGGCUUCCAUUAGAGUUGUUUGCUGUGGUUUGAAGUAUGAACAAAGGGGAUUUCACAGCAGGCCGGGGGAAAAGGACAGCUGUUCCGGAUAAAGUCGACAUGUCCUUGGAUGACAUUAUUCGGCUGAACAAAAAGGAGCAACAAUUAAAAAGAAGACAGGCCAAUGUAAACCGCCGACCAGUGAAGAAGAAAGGCCGCUUAAUCCAAGGAAAGGGAGUUUCACAGAGGACUGCAGGACCAGCCCAGAGAGGUGUGCGCGCUGACGUUUUAUCUGUUAUUAACUUCACUGGUGGCGUACCCCGAGGUGGAGCUCCCAAACUGCGAAACAGAAAGGUACCUCCAGUAGCGGCUAGACGACGGGGUCAGGGGGUCAUUACGGGACUGGCAGCCAGGAGGCCAACAGCUCUGCUGAAACGAGCCGGCACACUCAACAGGGCAGCAAUCAAUCAGAAAACAAGACCGAAAACAAGGCCCUUCUUUCAGCGCACUGAAGCCCAGUACAGGAAGCCGGAGGUACAGAGGUGGCUGUACAGGCAGCCCGAUCCACAGAGAGGCCCGAAUGCCCCAUCAGUCAGAAGGCCUUUUCAGCUGCGGCGAAGACCACUGCCGCCUAUCCAGCAGACUCAGAGGGAAGCACGCCAGGCCACGUUUCUUUUUCGCAGGGGACUUAAGGUACAAACCCAAGUGCAGAAGUCAAAUCCCCGGAUGCCUCCAGUCAGAACACGCCAGUGGCGCACAUCGACAGCCAACAGUGGAAUCUUGACUGUUUCAAUAGACAACCCCACAGCCAGGACUCAGCCUGAGCCUCCUACUGCUUGGACUCUGCAUCCCCCAGCUGCCAGUGUUGCUCCUAUGAAGGUGGAAACGGUGGAGAAGAAGAUACCAAAAGGAGUGCCUCUGCAGUUUGACAUCAACAGUGUUGGGAAACCGCAAACGUCGAUGACUUUGAACGAGCGAUUCCGCAUCCUAAAAGAUCGGCGCACUGCCACAGCUCAGAGCAGUAAAGGCAGCAGAUUUGUCACCGUCGGUUAGCCGACAAGAAGAAAGACACUGGUAAUACUCGGGCACUCCUCUGUCCUGCUCAGACUCACACGGUGAAACUCACCCUUCUGAUGGAUGGGAUAGUGCUGACUCCAUUGCCUGGCUCUACUAAUUGGAAGAGAAGGCAAUAAACCACAGGACAAACAAGUACGAUGUGCACAGCUGUGAGAACUUGAGCGUUCAAGCGUUUAUGAAAGAGUCUGUUUAAAAUAAGCCCCUAUUCAUUGUCCAUAUCAUCGUCCUCAGCUGUUUGUAUUGUGGACAUUCUGUACUGGGAAAGAAUGAGUCCUGUUCCCCUUUUGCUCUUGGGACUGUUAACACUAUUAUCAAAGUUGGCUUUAGAGUAUUUCUUUUCAGAGGACCUCUAUGCAUUUGUUAGGAUGGCACGUAUGUCCUCUACACCCUUUUUGACAUUUUUGAGAGUUGUUUUGUAAUAUUUCUUUAAAUAAAUCGGUUUCUCUUUAAA